AUGAUCAUCGAGCGAUCACAAUCAAUACCUGGCAUGUGGCCCUAUAUAAUGUCCAUGACAAAACAAAACGGUCUUAAUACAGUACAAACCUAUGUAUUCUGGAAUAUACACGAACAAAAACGUGGCACCUAUGAUUUUAGUGGUCGUGCUAAUUUAAGUCAAUUUCUUCAAGAUGCAGCUAACGCGGGAUUGUUCGUUAAUUUACGAAUUGGUCCCUAUGUAUGUGCUGAAUGGGACUAUGGUGGUUUACCUGUCUGGCUAAACAAUGUUCCUGAUAUUGCGUUUCGUUCAAACAAUGAAGCAUGGAAAAGAGAAAUGAAACGAUUCGUGUCAGACAUCGUUACGUAUGUUGAUCCAUUUCUUGCUAAAAAUGGUGGACCAAUAAUUCUUGCCCAAAUUGAAAAUGAAUACGAUGGAGAUGAUAUGGCCUAUGUCGAUUGGUGUGGUAGUUUGGUGACUAACGAGUUUGCCUCAACACAAAUUCCUUGGAUAAUGUGUAAUGGUCAUGCAGCUAAUUCGACCAUUGAAACAUGCAACGGGUGUAACUGUUUUGAUGACGGUUGGUUGGAUCAACAUCGUCGUGAUCAUCCUGAUCAACCGAUGCUUUACACAGAAAACUGGGGCUGGUUUCAACCAUGGGGUCAAGCAUUAGGAAUCCGAACACCUCAAGAUCUUUCUUAUUCAGCUGGUGAAUGGUUUACUGGCGGUGGUGCUUAUCUAUCGUACUAUAUGUGGCAUGGUGGUAACCAUUACGGACGAACAGGUGGAUCAGGCCUGACGACUGCGUACUCGGAUGACGUUCAUCUUCGCGCUGAUGGUACACCGAACGAGCCGAAGUAUACUCAUUUAGGUCGUCUUCAACAUCUUGUCACUGAACUUGCGCAAGUAAUAUUGAGUCAAGAUUCUGUUCGAUCGCCAGUACCCUACUGGGAUGGAAAACAAUGGGCAAUAGGUACUCAACAAUUUGUCUACUCAUACCCUUCAUCAGUUCAUUUCCUUAUCAACCAAGCUAAAGAACAACUGUUUGUUCUUUUCAACAAUCAGAAUAUUUCCAUGUCCCUUCAGUCUGUUCAAAUCUAUGACUAUAAUCAGCAUCUACUAUGGAAUAGUGCCAAUGUGAGUAAUAUCAAUAGUAAUAACACGGUUAUUGUACCUGUUGUCACUGGCCCACUUGAUUGGCAAUUCUUUGUAGAACCAUCUCAGACUAACUUACCUAAAAUUACCGCCUUGAAUCCGCUGGAGCAACUUAAUUUAACUAAUGAUGAAACGAUCUAUCUCCGGUAUCGUCGCAAUAUUUCACUUUCUCGACCAUCUGCACAUACAAUCGUUCAAGUACAAACGCGUCGAGCAAAUAGUUUACUGUUUUUCCUAGACGGACAAUUCUUGGGUAAUUUUGAUAACUCUGAACAUGCACAAGGCACAAUUACAGUUGAUGUUCCACUCAAUCUUUCACAGUUUCAUCCAAAUCAACAGUAUCUCUUUGAGAUCCUUUCGGUUUCGCUUGGAAUUGACAACUUUAAUAUCGGACCAGGCCAUUUUGAUUACAAAGGUAUUGUGGGAAAUGUAUCGCUCGAUGGACAAUCAUUAAUCGGUAAUGAGACAAAUGUUUGGGAACAUCAAAAAGGUUUAUUUGGUGAAGCUCGUCAGAUUUAUACUGAGCAAGGCUCAAAAACAGUUGAAUGGAAUCCUAAAUGGACGACGGCUGUUAACAAGUCGGUAACCUGGUUUCAGACUCGUUUCGAUCUUAAUCAUCUUGCACGAGAAGAUCUCAAUGCUAAUCCAGUUUUACUCGACGCAAUUGGUCUUAAUCGUGGCCAUGCUUUUGUUAAUGGAAACGAUAUUGAUCUCUACUGGUUAAUUGAAGGUAGCUGUCAGAGUUCAGUACCAUGUUGCUGUCUACAAGGUGAAAUCCGUUGUGGACAACCAAGUCAACGUUACUAUCAUGUUCCAUCUGAUUGGUUGAUGCCUAAGAACAAUUUGCUCACAAUUUUUGAAGACUUAGGCGCUUCUUCCCCUGGAUCUGUUAGUCUCGUGCAACGCAUUGUCAUCACUUGA